AUGAGCAGGGCGCAGAUGCUACUGAAAAGGACGGGGGAUAUUUACAACAGUGGGAUGUUGGGCCGUGGGGGUCUAGUGGAAAAUGUCCUAUCGUGCAGGAAGUAUCUGAGGACGCUUUUAAAUGUGCCCCAUUUUGGAGGGACCGUGGAGGCAAGCGCUUCAGGAAGCGGCAUAUUUAGUGGUAACCGAAAAGGGGCCAGACGGUUGUUGCACGUUUUGAAGAAGUAUAUGAGGAUCUGCUGCAGAGAGGGGGGCCUGAAAAAGGAAGAGCUGCCCAAACUGAAUGAGGCGGCACGGCGUUUGCUACGGGUAAAUGGGUGUGGUCCAGUUUUCACUGACGAAGGGAAGGCCCAGGAUAAGCAUUUCAUGCGGGAAGAGGUUUCCCCACCGCACCAUAACGAAGGAAACCUUCCCCGUGUCGAUUGGCUGAAGAAAAGCAGCUGGCAUAAUUCGUUCUUUACGCAGAGUGCAUUUUUUCACCCCCUAAGCCCUGAACAAUUAGCUAUCGGCCUGCAGCAAAACAGAAGGAAGUUCCACCAGAUGGUGCAAAUGUACCUGUCGAAGGCACCUAAAGGAUUCGAAAACUUCGAGAAGACAAAUAAGAAGAAGGAGGAAGGGUCAUCCCCAUCGUCCAAUUCGUUCAAACCGGAUGAAGAGAAAAACAACAAAAAGUUCGACAACUUUUUUUUUUUCUUUUUCUUCAUGCUACUUUUAUUCUUUUUCCUCUUCGUGGAUUCGAAUGGGUUAUACAACGAAGUUACACAGAACGACUUUUUCAUAAAUUACCUAUCCAAGGGGUAUGUGGAAAAAAUUAAGCUGGUCAAUAAAGACUACGUGAAGGCAUACCUAAACGUUCAUGGGAUGAGUAAGUACCACCAAAAGUAUGUAAGUUUUCGCAUAGGUAAUAGUGACGCGUUCGAACGAAAGGUGGAACACAUCCAAAGGGAAAUGAAUAUACAGAGAGACCAAAUAAUAGAAGUGCAAUACACAAAUGAAACGAACGUGUUGAAUGAAGUGAAGAGUUACGUGCCGACGAUUCUUUUCUUCCUACUGUUCGCCUUUAUAUUCCAAAAAAUAACGCUAAAAAAUGUAGCCAAUAGUGGCAUGGAUAGGCUAUUUAAAAUGAACAAAAUGAACCCGAUAAAUAAACAACAGUUAAAAUCGGAUGUAAAAUUUUCAAGUGUUGCUGGAAUGAAGCAAGCGAAGGAAGAAAUAAUGGAAUUUGUUGAUUUUUUGAAAGCCCCCUCUAAGUAUGAAACGUUAGGGGCAAAGAUGCCCAAAGGGGCUCUUCUAUGUGGUGCCCCAGGGACAGGAAAAACAUUACUAGCCAAAGCUGUAGCAGGGGAAGCUAAUGUCCCUUUUUUUAACAUAAGUGGUAGUGACUUUAUCGAAGUUUUUGUUGGCAUAGGACCGUCCAGAGUGAGAGAAUUAUUUGCUCAAGCGAGAAAACAUGCACCGUCCAUAAUAUUUAUAGACGAAAUAGAUGCAGUGGGUAGGAAGAGAUCCAAGGGUGGUUUCGCAGGUGGGGGAAAUGAUGAAAGAGAAAAUACGCUAAACCAAAUGUUGGUCGAGAUGGAUGGUUUCCAUACAUCGAAUGAUAAGGUAGUAGUUUUAGCAGGUACCAACCGAGUCGAUAUCCUAGACCCAGCCAUUACCCGACCAGGCAGAUUCGAUAGAAUUGUUCACAUAAGCAAGCCUGAUAUUAAUGAACGCUCCGAGAUCUUUCAAGUGCACUUAAAAAAUUUAAAAUUGCACCAUACAUUGGAUAUAGAAAAUAUUAGCUACCUUUUAGCUUCUCUAACGCCAGGUUUUGUCGGGGCAGACAUUGCCAAUGUGGUGAAUGAAGGAGCAAUCCAAUGUGCUAGGAGGUCUAACAUGGUUGGUGUUCAGGUGAAAGACUUCGAAUCGGCAAUAGAAAGAGUUAUUGGUGGGUUACCAAAGUCGUCUUCCCUUAUCUCCCCACUAGAGAAGAAAAUUAUUUCCUACCACGAAACGGGACAUGCACUUAUCGGGUGGCUACUGGAGUAUGCGGACCCCGUUUUGAAGGUAUCCAUUUUACCAAGAAGUAAUGGAGCUUUGGGGUACUCACAACACCUUUCAGAAGAAGUUAUGCUUUUUUCGAGAGAUGCUAUUUUGGAUAAGGUAGCCGUGAUUCUAGGAGGAAGGGCAGCUGAAGAAUUAUUCAUCGGCAAAAUUACCACUGGCGCAAUUGACGAUUUGAAUAAAGUCACUCAGUUAUCCUAUUCGUACGUUUCGCAGUACGGAAUGAACAAAGAAAUAGGACUUGUUUCUUUUCAGCCCAACUCUUCUAGUGAAUAUAGCUUUUACAGACCACAUUCUGAAUGCCUAGCGCACCUCAUAGAUAACGAAGUACGCUGUCUUAUUGAGACGCAAUACAACAGAGUGAAGUCCAUUUUGCUUAAACAUGAGAAACAGGUCCACAAAUUAGCUGACCUGCUUUUCCAGAAGGAAACCAUCUCCUACCACGACAUUGUGCAGUGCAUCGGGGAACGCCCCUACCCGGUUAAGUCUACCUAUGAGAAGUUCGUAAAGGCCAACCCGUACAAGUUGGUCGGUCCGGGCGGGCCACUUAGUGGCCAGGCAAUUAACGUCCAGCAAAUUGGCGGUGACGGAAUCAGCGGUGAUGGUGCACCUGCAACAGGGGUACCUCCCAACGGGGAGGUAAAGGAAGCCACACCCCAGCUGGGUAAAUCAGACGAAGCGUUGGCGGAACAGCACAUCACCUCGAAAAAGGACCCCCCCGAGGAGGGCGCCGGGGAAAACUCCGAUGACGGGAACAAGAACAACAAGGUUUCUCACGUGGGUACCACGCGAUGA